GACAUGUGUGAUGUAAUGAUGUAAUGAUGUGAUGUCAUAAAUUUUACUUUACUUUUACUUUAACUUUGAUGUAAAAUAAAGGAUAAAAUUUUAAAUUUGUUUCCAUGCAAAAUUUGUUUCCAUAUAUGAAUACCUCUGGUCUCGAAAUUAAAAAAAAUACUUUUUGAGUUCUAUUUAACAAAGUCUGCAGUUAUUUUCAUCACUUUUAAGGCGAUCAGUGAUAUUUUGUUAAUUGUGUUGUUUGGCCUUCAUUCAUUUCAUCAACUGUAUAAGGGCAUAUCUUAAAAAUUACGGCUCCAACUCAUUCAUUGUUAUUUCAAUCAAAAAUAUCUUUACUAUAUUGUAAAAAUUUGCAAAUGGAAUUCUUCUUGACUUAACAAGUGUUUUAGUUUUAUUAUUUAUAAUAUUUGACCAUAUCUAAUUGUCAAAUCAAAAGAAUCGAUUUGCUUUGUAGAUUCUUGCUCUAUUAAGCUGUUUCUAGACCAGUUAGUUAUAUUUUUAUGGCUUAAGUACAAGUCUGUGUCACAGCAGUGGUGUAACGUUACAUAGUAAUUAAGAAGUGAUGUGAUAAUAAUGAUGUUAAUGUUAUAAAACUUGGAUUGUAUCACUACUACAAUACAAUGGGUCAGUACAAAGAAAUGGAAACGGAAAGGGAUAAAUAUGAGACAGACUUACACCAAAUGAUAAGAAGUGCACCAGUAUUGACUGGUUGGGGGCUCUGUUGGUUUUCUGCAAUCAUGGACAGUUACCUUGGAUGGCCUCUACAAUGGUAUCUUGCAAAUGUCAAUUUGAACCCUGUAGCGAAUGCAGGCCUUGAGGAUGAACCAACGUUCUAUCCUAUUCAGCCGCCUUCUAAAGAUGUCUUUACAAGCAAUGCUGAACUCAUUUCAGAUAUUGACUGGCAAAAAAAAUUCUUGGCUGAAAAUUCAACUCCAAGUCCUCAUUAUCAGAGUAUUAUCGAUUACCACAAAGCUUUCAUGUCCGGAGAGAUGACCCCCGAGGAGCUUGUUAAAAACAUAAAGAUAAAAGUAAAGGAGUCAGAUAAGCAGGAUCCACCACUUUUAUGUUUCACUCAAUUGAACUGGAGCCUAGCCAGACAGGCUGCUUCAGAGAGCACUAUUCGCUACAAAAACAAAACGCCUCUCUCUGUGCUAGAUGGUAUUCCUAUCGGAGUAAAAGAUGAGCUGGAUAUAAAAGAUUUCAGGACUAACUCUGGACGAAAGAAAGAUGCGCCUGUUAAUGAAAAGGACUGUGCAACAGUUGCUGCAUUGAGGAGCUUGGGUGUUAUAUUUAUAGGAAUAACAAAUAUGCACGAGAUGGGUAUGGGAAUAUCAGGAAUAAACCCUCAUAAGGGGACAGCCAGGAACCCUCACAACCCCCAGCAUAUUACUGGAGGCAGCAGUAGUGGUAGUGCUGCAGCUGUUACUUCUGGGAUUGUCCCUUUCGCUCUUGGAACUGACGGAGGAGGGAGUGUUCGGAUACCGACAGCUUUUUGUGGAAUGCAGGGCCUGAAGCCCACUUUUGGUCGUGUUGCUGCCUCCAAUACAGCCCUUCAAAACUCUUCCACGACUAGCAUUGGUGUUAUUGCUAACAAUGUUGCUGACGUUGCUUUGGUAAUGAGCUUGAUGUUCAUAAGAGCAUCAGACCCCCGUUUCUUUAACCAAGGAGUCUGUAACCCUGUAAGGGCUCUUUCAGAAAAGUCUUUCUCAGAGAUGAAGUUCGGAACUAAUUCUCAUUACGUGUCUAACUCGCACAAAGAAAUACAGUAUGUCUUUGAGUCCAUUAUUAAACCAAAAUUACCCAAUCUCAUUGAAGUUGAAAUGAAUGAGUUGUACAUGAGUAAGAUAGCCCACUUGAAUAUAAUCCUGGCUGAAACUGCCCAAGAUGAACGGUGUUGGCAAGAACAUCAAGGGACGCUUGCCCCUCAAACGAAGAUAGUAUAUAGUACUUGCCGGGGAUUAACACUUCGUCACUACAUGCAAAGCUCUGCCCAAAAAACACGGGCUAUCAAAAUGUUCAAAUCGAUGUUUGAAAAAGUAGAUGUCCUGGUUACUCCUACAACAGCAUGUCUUCCUAAAAGGAUUGACCCCAACUCUCUGUCACAUGGCGAUCUGGAUGAAAAUAACAUCCUGAUGACGAUGUGGUUUGUGUAUCUAGCCAACUUGUGUGGGCUGCCCGCUAUGAGCAUUAAUGCAGGGUACUCUGAGAAUGGUUUACCAGUUGGAGUCAUGUUAACCGCUCCAUGGUGGAGAGAGGACCUGCUCUUCUCUGCAGCAAAACAUCUGGAGACAGAGCUCGCUAAACCUAGCAGAUUCCAUUGUCCUGUUUCAAAGUAGAACAUACAAGGAAAUGGACAUGAUGGUGCCCCCAUAUUACAUGGAUUAUUGAGGGUACAUACUUCAUGGGAGAAAAACAAAGUUCUACCUAGCAUACCUGAACUGAUUUUGUUGUUUGUUGUCAAUCAAAAAACCAAUCAAUCACUUGCAUCAAUAAUAUGAUAUAUAAUGUAUUAUAUAAUGAUAGGUAAUAUACAUUAUACAAUAUAAUACAUGUAGCGUAAAAUAUUAGCGGUACUUAAAUCUUUAAUCGUUCUUUUCAAUCGCUCUUUUCUCUUUAAUAUAUCUUUGCAAAUAAGUUAAUAAUAGCUUCAACUCGUACUGAAUACUACAGCUAAAGCUAUAGUAGGACUCUAUAAUCAUGAUCACCUAGGAGAUACUCUGAAAGACCUUCAUUGGCUGCCUAUAAGUUACAGAAUUCGGUACUAGUUAUGUCUUACUGGUAAGUGGUAUCAGGUAUGGGGCCAAAUUAUUUAUGUACUAUGUUUAAAUUUGCACACUAUAAUUAUUACCCUUAGAGCGUUUCAGAAAGAUGGCCCUACAUUAUGGAAUGAGCUGCCUUUUAAAAUUGGAAAUCGCGUGCCAUUGUCAUUGGACUCUUUUGAAGUGUAUCUAAAAACACUUAUCUACAAACGUGCUUAUGAUAUUGAUUUCUAAUUAGUUUAUUUAUUAAUAUUAACUAAUUAGAAAUUACGUAAUAUGUGAACAACCCCUAAGCUUAUGAUUUUGUACUUGUGAAGAAUUAUAAUCAUAUUUGUCUAGUAGUGAUAAGAAUGUUUAAUAAUUUUCAGAAUGAAAUUGAUAUGAUAUGGAGUUUUAAAAUUGAAAGUUGAUUUUGUUGCGAAGCAUGAGUGUUUGGGAGUUGGGAAGCAUCAUCGCACUUGCCAUUCGUGGUAAAAAUUGCGAGAUUAAUUUUCGUGAUUUCAGUUAUUAAUGGCAAGAACCAGUGAAUUUGUACGCUCAAUCGGGGUCAAUUCCAAUUGCGAUUACGUUCCUCCCUACUCUUAGAAUUUUAAGGGCGUAUGCCUGUGGAUAAUGGAUAUGGUUGAUCAAAAGAGUGGUACUUGUACAGAGGCAACAUAUAAAGAUAUAGGCGAGGUAAUAUUUUGCAAAAAGGGCGAUUCCACCCAUACCUACAAAUAUUUAUGUACGGCACAUUUGAAGACAAUAAACACCGCCAUUAGGCUGAACAAUUCGCCACAUUUUCAGCCUGGAUUAUUCGACAGCGUAGUAUAUGACGUUGCAUUACACGAUUGUUGAGUUCAACACAACAAAUAACUUGCAAGAUUAAUGUCUUGAGCAGAGUUUCCUGACAAGUUUUACAAUUAGUUUUUACAAUAAGAUGGGCAGGAUGACUGGGGCUAGUUGCUGUUUAUGAGCAUAAUUGAGGCACAGUGUUCAAUGUAAUAAUAUUGUAACUUUACAAUAUUGUCUAAUUACAACUUUAUCUAUAUCUGACUUGAUUUCGAUCUGUUGAGGGAUUACGAUCCAACUUGACGAGUUAUUCAUUUCCCAAGAUUCGCCUUCUUUUGUUUCAAUUGUCGAUCAUAGCAUUUUUUUUCCGGAAGAACGAUUUUC